AUGGCUCAAGAAGGGACAACCGAAAGGGMUUGCGACAGGUGUAGGGAGCGGCGUGUCAAGUGCGAUAAGCGUCUUCCUGCUUGCUUGCGUUGCGAAAAGCUAGGCAAGCCAUGCCCGGGAUACGACAAGAAACGAAAGUUUGUCGACGAAGGCGUGUCUCUACGAAAAAAAUACCAGUCAACGAAUGACCGCCCGAGUAGCAGCGGCGCUGCUGCUGCCAUCUCGCCAGCAAAUGUCGCUCCCAGCGAGCCAGUUGGCACUCUACAAUCUACCUCAUCAUCUCUUCCACAUGCCGAGCCCGAUCUACCGAAUGCACCGAUUAGCAAUCCGUCGAGUAUUGUGCCACCACAGGCAAUGUCUAUCUUAACAGUUGAUCCAGUUCCGGGUCCAGUAAUGCUCGCCCAUCCCCAGCUCAAUCUUCCAGACCCCUCCGUGAUGGACGAUCUGUGGCAGAACGAGACUUAUGAUCCAGAGUGGUUCGACUUGGAGCCAGAGAAAUACUACUCUCUAGCUGGCAACACCUGUGGAUUCAUCCCAAACAUCCCAAACAUAGUAGACGAGGUAGACCAGAGCGAUGUGCUGAUGAACAAUUCCGCCUCAGCCACGCCUCUGUCGACAGGACUUGGCUCGACGGGACUGUUCUCUGACAGCAACUUGUGGGCUCCCGAUUCACAGCUUCAAACAUCCGCACUUAUAACACACGAACGAGAUCACGAAAUAGCAUAUCUCGUCAGACAUUUUACCGAGUCUCUGGGACCAUGGAUGGACUUGUUCGAUAAAGACAAGCACUUUACCCAUCUUGUUCCUAUAAAAGCCCUUCGUGAUGCUCUUCUCAGAAACGCAAUAGCCGCAGUUGCUGCUAAGCAACUCGGGCGUGUCUUUGGCGCAAAACCUUUUGUUGGACUGCAAGCUCAGAAACCUUCAUCCAUGGAGGUGCUUGAUGAGGCCGUCGAAGUCGACUGGUUCUACAAGGCCGCAAACUACUACGACAAAGCUAUCGCGUUCUCGCGUCAGUAUCUCCAGGCCGUUUCUGGCAGUCUGAGCAACCCUCCCACGCCAAACGCUCAAAUGGCGCUCUCCAUGGCCAAUUCAGAUGAUUUGCUGGUGGCCAUAUCGUUGUUCUCAAUGUACGAGUCUCUGGAUAACCUAGACUCGGGCUGGCUGCAACAUCUUGCGGGCUUAAAGUCCCUACUCGUGGCUGUAAGUCCUAAACAGCAAGUCCAGAACCAGAUAACGCCAUCUGUCACGGUCGGGCAUUUGGCGUCGUUCUGGAACUUUGCCAGAGCCGACUAUCAAGCAGCGUUCCUCAAUGACCAACUCACCCUUCUUGACACGGGAGAUUUGAGAAUGUGGAACUCAUGCGGUCUUCAACUGCAAGACUCCGGGGCGCUUUACGCAUCAACUGACUCCAUUCGUAACGAUCCURCCCACUGUCGAGCAAUUGUGGAACUCGUCGCCCACACACUCCUAUGGCUGGUUCUGAAGGUGGUAAACUACCGCGCCGGCAACGACCCAAAAUCGAAUGGCAACCAAGAGGAGUGGGAUACAUUGACACGGCAGCUAGACCACUGGUAUGGCAAUCUUCCCGCAACAUAUCAACCAUGCGCAACGAUCCGCCAUAGGGGUAGCAUUGCCGGUCGAUCACCAUUUACGGAAGUCUUCUACAGUAUAGAUGUGUGUGCAGCGACUAUGCAGCUAUAUCACUUCGCCAGGAUGAAUCUGCUACUACACCGACCGGUGGGGAACAAGACCGGCAAGCUCGGCAGUCGCUUGAAAGCAUAUCGGGAGGUCUCCACGGAGGCUAUUCGUCAUGCGCAUGAGAUCAUCGGAAUCGCGUUGGGUCGGCCUCCACCUGCGAUACGUGUGGAAAUGCUGUUGCCCUUGUGUCUGGCGGGAGCAUGCUUAGAGGCGGAUGAGGAGAGGAAAGUGGUAUUGGAAUUGCUGGAAGCGAUUGAAAAGGACACGGGCUGUAAUACGGCCACACGACGUGAUAAUCUCGUACAAGAAUGGGGCUGGGUUAGGGAGCCCCAAGGAGUCGCGUGA